AUGGGGGACGUCAAAAGCCUGUACAGCCAGGCGAUGAAGCUGAUUGUGGACUUGAGAGGGAAUCUAGAGAAGCUCGAGGCACACGAACAGGUGGCGUAUCCCCCGCCGGCGUCCGCCAGCCUCAUGGAGAAGUCCAAGGCGAAGAUGCGCGAGCUCGACCGCAUCAGCAGCGCCAUGGAGAGCAUGUGGCGCAUGCAGAGCCUCAACAAGCCCGCGCGGCCCGGCGACGCGUGGAAGACACGAGUGGAACAAGUUAGUGAAAGCGCUUCUUCAAUUCGGAUGGCACUCGAGGAAGUGAUGGGGCGAGAGGGACGCCGGCGGGUCGAACAGAGCGAGCGCGAGCAGCUCCUGCAGCGCGUGCGGAUAGGGGACGCGGCGGACAGCGUGCGGCGCGGCUUCGACGCCGAGGCGCAGGCGAUGAAGUCCAUCAGCAACAGCAAACGCAUCCUGGCGGACUCCCUCGAGCAGGGUGCCGCCAUCCUGCAGCGUAUGGGCGCGACGCGGGAGCGCCUGAAGAGCGCGCACCGCAAGGUCCUGGACGUGGCGAACGUGCUCGGGGUGUCGGAGUCGCUGCUGCGGGUGAUCGAGGGGCGGCAGCGCAUCGACCAGCGCAUCGCGUACGGCGGCAUGGUGGCAACACUGCUCCUCAUUGCGCUGCUGCUGUACUGGAAGCUCCGAUGA